CUCCGCUCUGCUUCGCUUCCCUUCCCUUCCCUUCCCUUCGAUCGCCUCCAGAGUCCAGCCUCCGCCCGCGGCCCGGCCCCCAUCCCCAACGAGUCCCCCAACGCCACCACAAGUCCAGCGCACCCGCCGCCGAGCGCGCUCUUCCCCAGCGGGAAUCCGAAGUCGCCGCCGCCCGACGCGCCCUCCUCCUCCGGCUCCGCCUGAUCGGAUCCAGGAGACGCGAGCGCGCCCGCAUUGCCCGCGCCGACCGGGUUCCGUUUUUGAAAUUUUUGAUCCGAGAGGGUUGCUGCCGCCGCUGCUAGGGUUUGGGUCCGAGCGUCGAAGACGAGUUUGAUGGCUUGCGAUGGCGGCGCCAAGGAGCAGGAAGGCCCGAGCCCGGCGUCUACUGCCCCGGCCGUGGCGGCGGCGGCGGCGAGGGCGUUUGCGAGGGCGCUGCGGCCGCCGAGGCCCAGGAGUCGCAAGGGGCUCGGCGUGCGGCACCCGCUGAAGCUCUGCCGGUACCUCGCGACGGUCCAGAGGAAGGCCAAUGCCAGGGUGAGGGAGGCGGGGGAGGCGACCCUGGUGGCGGCCCUCGCGGCGGCGCAAAAGGAGAGCCAGAGGGAGAACGUGGAGGUGGCCGACGCAUCCGGCGCGUGGAAGAGUGAGGAUGGAAGUUUAAAUUGUGGGUAUUCAAGCAUUAGAGGUAGAAGACUAGGCAUGGAAGACUUCUAUGACAUCAAAUCAUCAACAAUUGAUGAUAAACAAAUAAACUUCUUUGGUGUAUUUGACGGUCAUGGAGGUACCCGUGCUGCUGAGUAUUUGAAGGAGCACUUAUUUGAAAACCUCAUAAAACACCCAGCUUUUGUUACUGAUACCAAAUCUGCAAUAAGUGAGACCUAUAAAAAAACUGAUGCUGAUUUCUUGGAUGCUGUUGCUGAAGGAAAUAUUCAGGUUGGCUCAACUGCAUCAACUGCAGUUUUGGUUGGUAACCAUCUGUAUGUGGCAAAUGUUGGUGAUUCACGAGCUGUAAUAUCAAAGGCAGGCAAAGCUAUUGCACUCUCUGAUGACCACAAGCCUAACAGAAGUGAUGAGCAGAAACGGAUUGAGGAUGCUGGAGGAACUGUUGUGUGGUCUGGAACAUGGAGGGUAGGUGGUAUACUUGCAAUGUCUCGGGCAUUUGGCAAUCGUUUGUUGAAGCGGUUCGUUGUUGCAGACCCUGAGAUUCAGGAUCAAGAAAUUGAUGGUGAAUUGGAGUUUCUGAUUUUGGCUAGUGAUGGGCUGUGGGAUGUGGUGCCAAAUGAGCAUGCUGUUGCAUUUGUGAAGGACGAGGAUGGCCCUGAAGCUGCAGCCCGGAAGCUGACGGAGAUUGCCUUUAGGCGUGGGAGCACUGACAACAUUACUUGCAUUGUUGUAGAAUUUCGCCAUGAUAAUAUGUCUGAUGGUUCUCCCCCAUCAGCCAAUCAAAGUUAAUCUUGUCAUUCUUUUCUAAUUAUUCUAGAUUUGCUGGCAUCGUCACCUCUCAUGAUGCAUGGGCUCGAAGUGUGGUCUCAUUUGUUUGUUAGCGAAAGAAAAAAAAUUGUUCGUUAGUCAUUUUUCCUUGAUUUUUCUUGC